GUGACCUGACGUCACCCGAGCGAGUUACCUCCCGCAGCCACCGCCGCCGGGCUCAGCGCGAGCCCCGAAGCCCUUGAGCGCCUGCCCCGGAGCCCCCGGAGCGCCGAACCGCAGCCACAUCCCCGAGCCGCGCGCCCCGGAAACCCGGUUGCGCGCCCCGCCGGGCCCGCGCGAUGCCCUCGGACAGGCCUUUCAAGCAGCGGCGAAGCUUUGCCGACCGCUGUAAGGAGGUGCAGCAGAUCCGCGACCAGCACCCCAGCAAGAUCCCGGUGAUUAUCGAGCGGUACAAGGGUGAGAAACAGCUGCCCGUACUGGACAAGACCAAAUUUCUGGUCCCGGACCAUGUCAACAUGAGCGAGUUGGUCAAGAUCAUCCGGCGCCGCCUGCAGCUCAACCCCACGCAGGCCUUCUUCCUGCUAGUGAACCAGCACAGCAUGGUGAGCGUGUCCACGCCCAUUGCGGACAUCUAUGAGCAGGAGAAGGACGAGGAUGGCUUCCUCUAUAUGGUCUACGCCUCCCAGGAAACCUUCGGCUUCUGAGCCAGGAGUGGGGGGGGUGGUUGGCCUGGGAGUGGGGGUCUGGGUCAGGCUCUACCCAAGGAGCUCCUAGCACCUGAACUGAGCUGCCUUGCCCUGGUGGGCUGGGUAGGGAUGUGGCUCCCUAGCUAGGGAGAACCAACCAACCUAUUCUGGGUGGGUCCUGGGCCAGUCAUGUUAGGGUUGCCCCUCUGGGUGUUGGUCGGGUUGGGGGGGAGUGGGAAGCAGCCCCCAGCACCCGUGCUCUGUGUGGUUUAUCUUUUUUUUUUUUUAGGCCCCUGCCUGUCUGCCCACCUGCCCCUUACUUACCUGAGGCUCUGCCCCCUGACUGGACCUGCCCAUCCCUGAAUGAUUGGCCCUUGGCUCCCCCAUCUCCACAUGGUGUAUGGAUCUGUGGUCAUUGUCCCUCUGCAGAAUAAAGAUUGCUCAGGCCUGCCUGGC